GCCGCGGCCCGCGGCGGUUGCGGGCGGUACCUUAGGGCGCUGCUGGCCCCGGCUGGCCGCGGCCAUGAACUUUUCGGAAUCAUUCAAGCUUUCGGGCCUGCUUUGCAGGUUCUCCCCGGACGGCAAGUACCUGGCUUCCUGUGUCCAGUACCGGCUAGUGAUCCGGGAUGGGAAGACCCUUCAGAUCCUUCAGUUGUAUACGUGCCUGGACCAGAUCCAGCACAUAGAGUGGUCAGCAGACUCCCUCUUCAUCCUGUGUGCCAUGUACAGACGGGGGCUUGUGCAGGUCUGGUCACUGGAGCAGCCAGAAUGGCACUGCAAAAUCGACGAGGGCUCCGCAGGGCUGGUUGCUUCCUGCUGGAGUCCAGACGGCCGCCACAUUCUGAAUACAACUGAAUUUCAUCUGCGAAUAACCGUCUGGUCCCUGUGCACAAAAUCUGUGUCUUACAUCAAGUAUCCCAAAGCCUGUCAGCAGGGAAUAACUUUCACCAGGGAUGGCCGCUACCUGGCCUUGGCAGAGAGGCGAGACUGCAGGGACUAUGUGAGCAUCUUUGUGUGCAGCGACUGGCAGCUCCUCCGGCACUUUGACACAGAUACGCAGGAUCUCACAGGGAUCGAGUGGGCCCCGAAUGGCUGUGUGCUGGCAGCGUGGGACACUUGCUUGGAGUACAAGAUUCUGCUCUACUCCUUGGACGGCCGCCUGCUCUCCGCAUAUUGUGCCUAUGAGUGGUCCCUGGGCAUCAAGUCUGUGGCCUGGAGCCCCAGUAGUCAGUUCCUGGCCAUUGGGAGCUAUGACGGAAAGGUGCGCCUCCUUAAUCAUGUGACCUGGAAGAUGAUCACCGAGUUUGGGCAUCCUGCAACCAUUAAUAAUCCCAAGACAGACUGGUGUAUAAAUCAGCUAUGUCACUGGGACAGGAUCAAUUUAAAGGAAAGGGGGCUUCAGUCCGUGGACCCUAUGCCUUCUUACUCUGGACUUGUGUCAAGGCAACACACUGUGGUUGUGUAUAAGGAAGCUGAGAAGAUCCCACAGCUGGGGCUGGGCCACCUGUCCUUCCCACCACCCCGAGCAAUGGCGGGUGCCCUCUCUACCUCAGAGAGCAAAUAUGAGAUCGCCUCUGGGCCAGUUGCCUUGCAGACUCUGAAGCCGGUAGCUGACAGAGCGAACCCUAGGAUGGGAGUAGGGAUGCUGGCUUUCAGUUCUGACAGCUACUUCCUGGCAACAAGAAACGACAAUGUCCCCAACGCUGUCUGGGUCUGGGACAUUCAGAAGCUGAAGCUGUUUGUGGUACUGGAGCAUUUGUCUCCAGUGCGCUCAUUUCAGUGGGACCCACAGCAGCCAAGGCUGGCCAUCUGUACAGGCGGGAGCAAGGUGUACCUGUGGUCCCCCGCAGGCUGUGUGUCCGUGCAGGUACCUGGGGAAGGUGACUUCCCAGUGCUUGGACUGUGCUGGCACUUGAGUGGGGAUUCCUUGGCCCUCCUUAGCAAGGACCACUUCUGUCUCUGUUUUCUGGAGACCAAGGAGGGGUUUGGUGCAGCCUGUGGACAACGGGAUGGCCAUGCCUAGGACCUGAGUGGAAACCGAGGCGACGGGCCCUGCUGCUUUCAACACAAGCAACAGCUGCGCAGGCUCCUGAUGGGACGGGAUACCCAGUUUUCUGUAGUGACGUGUUCUGUAAAUAUGUAUAAACUGUAACAUAAAAUAGGUAUUUGCAAAUCCA